AUGGCAACCACAUGUGGGGCCAAUGUGGGUACUGAGGACAAAACUUUGUGGGCCCCUUCUGGUUAUCCUACUGGGGCCCCAAGUGUUAACCCUUCUUUAACCCACCUGGGCUAGGUAUACGUUGUACAGUGAAAUAGUAUUGUGACUGAUUAUGCAUCUGUGGGUUCAGAACUGAUGAAGAGGAGGAACAGGAUGGCGAUAUGGCUGGUACUGGGCAUGCUCUGUCUGUCCCUAGUCCUGGUCAUUCUGGGGAUCUACACCACCACUCGCACAGAGAGCCUCAGCAUCACCGGAUACGCCUCUGGAGUCAUUGUAAGUACAUCUUCAUUAUCAUCAUCAUCACCAUCAUCAUUAUCAUCAUUAUGUUCAUCUGCCAUUUUGGUGAAAAUGACUCACUAUACAUAUAAUUUAACUUUUAACAACAACCACAUUUUCUCUAAUUUUGUCUCUUUUUGUCAUAAAAAAACAACACAGACCUUAAGAAUAAAGUGGUUGUAAUGCCAAGGAUGCAGGUCUUCAGAAAUUAUUGACAGAUGGGGAAACUGUGGUUUGUGAGUCAUUGUCCGCAAAACAAGAUGUCUUCCAAAUCAUGACAAUUAAAAUCUCAUAAAUGUCGUGAGAGCUGUCAUCAUUCGUGUUGUUGAACAAACCCUCAUCUUAUUAUAGCACAUGACAGACAAACAACGUAUAUUUCGGCUGUUAUUCACAUCAAAGCCAGUAAAUCUUUCCAGUAUAUUUUAUAUACAUUUGAAGACUGAUAAUUUCUAAGUGUAUAAUCUCAGUUAACCCAGAACUAAAGUAUUGUGUAAUUGGUCAGCUGCUCGAUUAAGUUAUGGGUCCAUAUGUGUUAAAAGAUUGGAUCAAGAGAUGCUAGAACUAGGUGCUUAACCUUCUCUCUUUGCAAGUUACAGGCCGAAUGUCCCCUUCGGAAAUUCAAAAUAUGCUAACAACUGCGAAAUUGUCAUUUGUCCAUAUAACCAGUGACGAAAAACCCAAACACCGGAACUACUGCUGCUCGCUAUCCCACACAUCCCAUUCCUUUCCGAGAGUUCUACAGUGUCAGAUAUGUUUACGUAGAUCUGUCCACAACAGAUUACUCAGUGUAAGAUAGAGAAUAUUGAAUAAAAGUUAGAUUCUGUUUUGUAGUGGCAUUAUAGAGUUGGAAAGAGAGUCCACGCUUCUGUGACAUCAUGGGAAGCGCUAUUGGUUGUUAUCCGUUUUUAAAGUAGUUAAUAUCUUAUUCUCAACCAAUAGGAAGUCCCACCCAGUUGAUUACUUGAAAACUGUGAAAAUCUCCAAUGGCGCUGCCAAUGCUAAAACAGGCUUUGUGGCAAGUUUGCCCUCUAUCCAUCUCUAUGAGUGGUAUUAUUAGAUUGACAUGGAUAAGACACAGCCAUGUUGUUAACAGGUGCAUUUUCUAUUAUGUCCACGUUUUAAACCUUAGCAUUUCUUCUGCUGGAUCACCGCAACUCGAUUCUGAUUUGGGAGUAACAUUAGUGGAGUGAUUCAACUGCACAGUUCAUUGACGCUUCCAAUGCUGUUGUAGUAGUAGUCCGCCAGGGAAUAAUCUUUGCAUAACAAUAACAUCAGUGAACGGAGCUGUUAUUUAUCCCUUGACUUUACAUGACUUUUAAUAGUGCGUAAAGUUCUCUACAGUAAGAGCCAACUGCUGGUAUCGCUCUAACAGUGGCUGUUCUAUUUUAUCUCUGCAGUUGGUUUUUGGAUCCUUCCUGGGUGUUCUUGGACUCUGCCUGGAGGAAAACCGAAAACAGCUGGUACAUACAACUACUCCUCACUCAUUUGUCACAUUUGUACUAUCCUUCCUCCAUAAUGGUCUCUCUCUCUCUUCCUCUGCUUAUCCCAGCAUGUUCUCACCUGAUCCAUCUCUCUCUCUCAUCCUCUUGGUUAUAGUUGCAUCCAUGCACAGCAGAGAUUGAUUUGGGUAACUCCAGGCUGUGUGCAGGCUUUUUUUCUAAGCCGAACACUUUAACACCUGAUUUAGCUGAUAGUGGACCAUUUGUUACAAAAGCAUGCACACCCCAUGGAUGUUGCUUGCCUCUGAUGCACAGUGUUUACAGGGCUAAUGACCAAAUGAGUAGUUUUAAAAGAGGUUACUUAGGGUUGAGUUUUGGUUUCAGUGUAUUUCCGUAAUGCAUCUUUCAGUUGAUUGUCUUUUUUAUCUGUCAAAGAGAGUGGGAGUGAUUAAGAAUAGAGAGUGGUGUGGUAUCCAAGCCACAGCCACAGCCUCAGUUUGGUGUAAAAGCCAGAAAUAUGGUCUGUAAAAAAUAGAAGGAAAAACCCUAAAACUCAUUGGAUAAUAGUCAUGAAAGAUCUAUGUCUAGGAAGAUUUAAAUCAUUGUAGCCAGCUGAUAUUUGAAGUGAAACAUAUGCCCUUAUAAUCGCUGUAAACAAAGACACUGUUUCUAGGGUAGAAUUCAGGGUUGAGCAUGCCAAUCUUUUACACACCAACUAAUAGAAUGCAAAGUUAAAGAACCUGAUCUUCAACAAGCUCAGGCCAACAGACUCAGCAUGGCCAACGCUGUGUCUUUCCAGUCCAAACCACAUCCCAUGGUACUCUCUGUUCUCCACCUCACACAGCAGGACUAGUCAUUAACAAGUUUGAGAAGAUGGACAGAGUAGUGUGUGUGUGUGUGUGUGUGCGUGUGUAGUGGAUAAGGAUAUUGAUGAGUAUGUGUGGGGCUCCUCCAUACCAUCUCAUUUUAUCCAGCAGAGGCAAACAUUUUGAAAAAGGAGAGAGAUACUGAGUGUAUAAACAGAAAGGAACUUGUUAGGUCGAGGAAAGACAGGGAGAUGGAGAGAGUGAGGGGACCCCAGCAUAGAGGAGUAAAUGUGCCUGGCUUGGAAAGUAUCUCAAUGCCUGCAGUGCAGACACACACACACUGUGAUGAGGUGAUGUCGAAGGAGUCAGGCGCAGGAGGGUAAAUCACAGAAUAACAGGCUUUAUUCCGCAACCGCAGUAACGCGUCAAAAACACUCCAGUGCGCAAAACAGGCGCACUGGAAAAUACAAGGCACACAGGGAAAUAUCCCAGCGAUACAAAAUACAAGGAGCUCCACCAAGCUUCACUAACCUCCACAAUAAACAAUCACACACAAAGACAAGGGGGCAGAGGGAACACGUACAGUGGGGGAAAAAAGUAUUUAGUCAGCCACCAAUUGUGCAAGUUCUCCCACUUAAAAAGAUGAGAGAGGCCUGUAAUUUUCAUCAUAGGUACACGUCAACUAUGACAGACAAAUUGAGAAGAAAAAAAUCCUGAAAAUCACAUUGUAGGAUUUUUUAUGAAUUUAUUUGCAAAUUAUGGUGGAAAAUAAGUAUUUGGUCACCUACAAACAAGCAAGAUUUCUGGCUCUCACAGACCUGUAACUUCUUCUUUAAGAGGCUCUUCUGUCCUCCACUCGUUACCUGUAUUAAUGGCACCUGUUUGAACUUGUUAUCAGUAUAAAAGACACCUGUCCACAACCUCAAACAGUCACACUCCAAACUCCACUAUGGCCAAGACCAAAGUGCUGUCAAAGGACACCAGAAACAAAAUUGUAGACCUGCACCAGGCUGGGAAGACUGCAUCUGCAAUAGGUAAGCAGCUUGGUUUGAAGAAAUCAACUGUGGGAGCAAUUAUUAGGAAAUGGAAGACAUACAAGACCACUGAUAAUCUCCCCCGAUCUGGGGCUCCACGCAAGAUCUCACCCUGUGGGGUCAAAAUGAUCACAAGAACGGUGAGCAAAAAUCCCAGAACCACACGGGGGGACCUAGUGAAUGACCUGCAGAGAGCUGGGACCAAAGUAAAAAGCCUACCAUCAGUAACACAAUACGCCGCCAGGGACUCAAAUCCUGCAGUGCAAGACGUGUCCCCCUGCUUAAGCCAGUACAUGUCCAGGCCCGUCUGAAGUUUGCUAGAGUGCAUUUGGAUGAUCCAGAAGAGGAUUGGGAGAAUGUCAUAUGGUCAGAUGAAACCAAAAUAGAACUUUUUGGUAAAAACUCAACUCGUCGUGUUUGGAGGACAAAGAAUGCUGAGUUGCAUCCAAAGAACACCAUACCUACUGUGAAGCAUGGGGGUGGAAACAUCAUGUUAUUUUGUUAUUGACCAAAUACUUAUUUUCCACCAUAAUUUGCAAAUAAAUUCAUUAAAAAUCCUACAAUGUGAUUUUCUGGAUUUCUUUCUCUCAUUUUGUCUGUCAUAGUUGACGUGUACCUAUGAUGAAAAUUACAGGCCUCUCUCAUCUUUUUAAGUGGGAGAACUUGCACAAUUGGUGGCUGACUAAAUACUUUUUUCCCCCACUGUAUACAGGUACUGAUGAGGGAAUAUGAACCAGGUGUGUUUAAUAAACAAGACAAAACAAAUGGAAUGAUGAGAUGAGGAGCGGCAGUGGCUAGAAGGCCGGUGACGAUGAAGGAUGCCGAAGCCUGCCCGAACAAGGAGAGGUGGCAGCUUCGGAGGAAGUCGUGACACACACACACACACACACAAUAGUUCAUGAAUGAUUCUUAAAAAUGAUUCCAGAUGGGUAUUGUUAGCUGUUGUUCUGUUGCAAUUACAUUUCUCCACAGUUUUCUUGGAAUUUAGAAAAUCUGUCAACAUUAGUGACCUAUAAAAGUAAAGCAGUCUGCUGCUAAUUAUUCUCACCUGCUCAUUUCUGUCUCUUGUUACGGUUCUUGUAAUCGUAUAAGAAAACAAGAGCAUUUUCCAAUUAAAAUCACAUAAAUGUUAAAGAAGCCUUUUUAAUGAUGCUUGUAGGUAAACAGAGACAGAGGGAGACCGCGAGAAAGAGAGUGUUACGAGAGGGGGGGGGGGGGGGGGGGGGGGGGGGGGGGGGGGGACAAAUAGGGGGAGAUAGAGAGUGUUGUCUGUCAGUUCUGUUUAUCUUUAAGCAUUAUUACACUGAACAAAAAUAUAAACGCAACAUAAAGUCUUGGUCCCAUGUUUCAUGAGCUGAAAUAAAAGAUCCAAGAAAUUUUCCUUAUGCACAAGAAGCUAAUUUCUCUCAAAUGUUAUGCACAAAUUUGUUUACAUCCGUGUUAGUGAGCAUUUCUCCUUUGCCAAGAUAAUCCAUCCACCUGACAGGUGUGGCAUAUCAAGAAUCUGAUUAAACAGCAUGAUCCUUACACAGGUCCACCUUGUGCUGGGGACCAUAAAAGGCCACUCUAAAAUGUACAGUUUUGUCACACAACACAAUGCCACAGAUGUCUCAAGUUUGCAAUUGGCAUGCUGACUACAGGAAUGUCCACCAGAGCUGUUGCCAGAGAAUUUAAUGUUCAUUUCUCUACCAGAAGCCACCACCAGAAGCCACGUUGUUUUAUAGAAUUUGGCAGUACGUCCAACCAGCCUCACAACCGCAGACCACGUGUAUGGCGUUGUGUGGGCGAGUGGUUAUUUUUUAAAAGUAUCUGUGACCAACAGAUGCAUAUCUGUAUUCCCAGUCAUGUGAAAUCCAUAGAUUAGGGCCUAAUGAAUUUAGUUCAAUUGACUGAUUUCCUCAUAUGAACUGUAACUGAAAUUGUUGCAUGUUGCAUUUAUAUUUUUGUUCAGUAUAUAACAGGCCACUGUUAUUUUGUAUAAUUCUAAUCAUGUCUGUAAUCAUGUCCAAGAUAGACACGUCCAGCUAUCUGUUAAACUGAUAUUGUCAUAGACUCGACAUGACCUCAGUGGCUGUCACGGAGUAGGGACCAGCUCAUUGGCCAGAAUGGCUGCCAGGGCUCCAGUCCUGCCAGACCACCCUGGUUUAGUUUAGGCUACUUACUUACCAACUUAGGCUCAUCUCCCAUUAGAGAUCACAGACCAUUGACCAUGUGCAGAGAGGUUAGUUCUGCUACGAGCGGUCUCUGAGGUUAGGGUAGUGUUUAUUAGGGCAGGGAUUCUCAAACUUUUAGAGGCUGGGGACCCCUUUUGUAAUAGCAAAUUCAUCAGGGACCCCCUCAUAAUCAGAACACAACUCGAGUGAGAUAAAAUAAAAUAUAAGUUUUACAAUGAAUUCGGCAGUGCAUGGUCGCACUAACCAAGUUUUGGACCCUGGGAAGGAACAUUUUAAAGACCCGCCUCUUGGAAUUGCAGUUUUCAAGCUAAUUUCCUGCUAUUCUACACAUUUUUCCAUGAGGCAGAGAGAAAACUUAGUGGUUUUAAAAAUAUGAUGUUUCUUUUUACAAAUAUCCCGGUGAGUCUCCCAGGUCCAUGUUGCCCAGGGUUAAGAACAUAAAUUAUAGAUUAAUAAUAUUACAUUGUAUUUUACUACACCCCAUGAACGUAUUCCACUAAUCCCUUGGCCAAAAUCGUUUAAUCUGUUGUUGUUAGUAAUAUUCAUUAGCAAAAGAUAAAAAAACUAAGUUUUAUGCAAAAACACUGAGUGUACAAAACAUUCCAUGACAUACAGUGCAUUCGGAAAGUAUUCAGACCCCUUGACGUUUUCCACAUUUUGUUAUCUUACAGCCUUAUUCUAAAAUUGAUUAAAUUAUUUUUUCCCUUCAUCAAUCUACACACAAUGCCACAUAAUGACAAAGCAAAAGAUGUUUACACAUUUAUAAAAAUAAACUGAAAUAUCACAUUUACAUAAGUAUUCAGCCCCUUUACUCAGUACUUAGUUGAAGCACCUUUGGCAGCGAUUACAGCCUCAAGUCUUUUUGGGUAUGACGCUACAAGCUUGACACGUCUGUAUUUGUGGAGUUUCUCCCAUUCUUCUCUGCAGAUCCUCUCAAGGUCUGUCAGGUUGAAUGCACAGCUAUUUUGAGGUCUCUACAGAGAUGUUCGAUCGGGUUCAAGUCCGGGCUCAUGCUGGGCCACUCAAGGACAUUCAGAGACUUGUCCCAAAGCCACUCCUGCAUUGUCUUGGCUGUGUGCUUAGAGACGUUGUCCUGUUGGAAGGUGAACCUUUGCCCCAGUCUGAGGUCCUGAGUGAUCUGGAGUAGGUUUUCAUCAAGGAUCUCUCUGUAUUUAGCUCCGUUCAUCUUUCCCUCGAUUCUGACUAGUCUCCCAGUCCCUGCUGCUGAAAAACAUCCCCACAGCAUGAUGCUGUCACCACCAUGCUUCACCAUAGAGAUGGUGCCAGGUUUCCUCCAGACGUGACGCUUGGCAUUCAGGCCAAAGAGUUAAAUCUUGGUUUCAUCAGACCAGAGAAUCUUGUUUCUCAUGGUCUGAGAGUCCUUUAGAUGCCUUUUGGCAAACUCUAAGCAGGCAGUCAUGUGCCUUUUCCUGAGGAGUGGCUUCCGUCUGGUCACUUUACCAUAAAGGCCUCAUUGGUGGAGUGCUGCAGAGAUGCUUGUCCUUCUGGAAGGUUCUCCCAUCUCCACAGAGGAACUCUGGAGCUCUGUUAGAGUAACCAUUGGAUUCUUGGUCACCUCACUGACCAAGGCCCUUCUCCCCCGAUUGCUCAGUUUGUCCGGGUGGCCAGCUCUAGGAAGAGUCUUGGUGGUUCCAAACUUCUUCCGCUUAAGGAUGAUGGAGGCCACUGUGUUCUUGGGGACCUUCAAUGCUGCGGAAAUGUUUUCGUACCCUUCCCCAGAUCAGUGCCACGACACAAUCCUGUCUCGGAGCUCUACGGACAAUUCCUUCGACCUCAUAGCUUGGUUUUUGCUCUGACACGCCUUUCCAAAUCAUGUCCAAUCAAUUGAAUUUACCACAGGUGGACUCCAAUUAGGUUGUAGAAACAUCUCAAGGAUGAUCAAUUGAAACAGGAUGCACCUGAGCUCAAUUUUGAGUCUCAUAGCAAAGGGUCUGAAUACAUAUGUAAAUAAGGAAUUUCUGGUUUUUAUUUGUAAUAAAUGUGCAAAAAUUUCUAAAAACCUGUUUUUGCUUUGUCAUUAUGGGGAUUGAUGAGGGGAAAAAAUAAUUUAAUCAAUUUUAGAAUAAGGCUGUAACGUAACAAAAUGUGGAAAAGUCAAGGGGUCUGAAUACUUUCCGAAUGCACUGUAGACUGAACAGUUGAAUCCUGGUGAAAGCUAUGACCCCUUAUUGAUGUCACCUGUCAAAUCCACUUCAGUCAGUGUAGAUGAAGGGGAGGAGACAGGUUAAAGAAGGAUUCUUAAGCCUUGUAUGUGUGCCAUUCAGAGGGUGAAUGGGCAAGACAAAAGAUUUAAGUGCCUUUGAACGGGGUAUGGUAGUUGGUGCCAGGCGCACCAGUUUGAGUUUGUCAAGAACUGCAACGCUACUGGGUUUUUCACACUCAACAGUUUCCUGUGUGUAUCAAGAAUGGUCCACCACCCAAAGGACAUCCAGCCAACUUGACACAACUGUGGGAAGCAUUGGAGUCAAUAUCGGCCAGCAUCCCUGUGGAACGCUUAAAACACCUUUUAGAGAAUGCCCCGACGAAUUGAGGCUGUUCUGAGGGCAAAAGGGUUGUUUUGUACACUCAGUGUAUACAGUGCCUUUAGAAAGUAUUCACACCCCUUGACCUUUUCCACAUUUUGUUGUGUUGCAUCCUGAAUUUAAAAUGGAUUAAAUUGAGACACAAUACCCCAUAAUGUCAAAGUGGAAUUAUGUUUUUAGCCAUUUUUACAAAUUAAUAAAAAAUGAAAAGUGGAAAUGUCUUGCACCAAUAAGUAUUCCACCCCUUUGUUAUGCAAGCCUAAAUACGUUCAGGAGUAAGAAUUUGCUUAACAAGUCACAUAAUAAGUUGCAUGGACUCACUCUGUGUGCUAUAAUAGUGUUUAACAUGAUUUUUGAAUGACUACCUCAUCUCUGAACCCCACACAUACAAUUAUCUGUAAGGUCCCUCAGUCGAGUAGUGAAUUUCAAACACAGAUUCAACCACAAAGACCAUGGAGGUUUUCCAAUGCCUCCCUAACUGUUUGCAAUAAGUCGCUAAAGUAAUACUGCUAAAAAUGUGGCAAAGCAAUUAACUUUUUGUCCUGAAUACAACGUGUUAUGUUUGUGGCAAAUCCAAUACAACACAUUACUGAGUACCACUCUACAUAUUUUCAAACAUAGUGGUGGCUGCAUCAUAUUAUAAGCAAUGUUCCCUCUAAGCUACGCACGUGUGCGGUCGCGCAACUUCCCCGGGACUGCCGUGCAGAAUAAAUAUCAGCUCGCGCUGAAAAGCCCGAGACUGAUCUUCAGUCAACUUUCUAGUUUUCCGCUUUCGUUAACACUAUCAACGUUCCCCUCUACUGUGCGAAUUGUGAUCGAAUCAACACAAUAUUAACCACUUUCAUGCAACAUACUGAUACAAAACGAACUAUGCAAGAGAUUUUCUUGUAGGCAGAACGCAUUGGAGUAGGAUUCUAUUGCAUUGACAGGCACGACUCAGGCCCAUACUCUACACAGACCGGUGCACCAUAAUCAAUCAGAGCUGCAGUAUCCCUAUAUGCAAAUACACCAUUGCCAUAUAUAGAUCUGUGCCAUUCACGUUGAACUGGACUGUGUUUACAGCAUGAGUGGUCGCAAGUAGAUGUGCUUGUUUUGAGAUCAAAGCAAGAGCUGCAUGUAGCCAGGUGUGUACAUUUGUUCAUAUUCUUUGCUAGUAAGUGAGUUAUUAGCCCAGUAAUAGCACAUUUCUAGUCAUCAAUGGGGGAGUGGUUGCUUCCUACAAGAGCAGAAAGCGUGUGCAUUUCUAGCCAUCUUUGAACAGCAAGUCAUGUAAAGAGCUUUUUUUCUGUCUUAAAGGGGCAGUGUUGUAUUUUGAGACAGGCUUGAAUAAGCUAAGUAGCCAAUAGGCAGAGGGUAGCAUAACUUGUCAGAUUCUCUGUAAUAAUGGUAUGGGAAUAAUAAUGCAUUUUAUUUUGUAAAGUGGUUUCUUGCAUCAAACAACAUCUUCAGUCACCUCCUUGUCUGAAGGACAAGUGGAUAAACAGGUUAAUGUCAACCCCCCCCCCCCAAAAAAGUACCAUGGAAUGAAGGCCUACAUUGAACACCACAGAUUGUCUGCUACUGUAGGCUGAAUGAUAGAACAGCUAUUUCCAUGUUAAAAUGUUAUGGGAUGCAUUUUCUCCAUUGUUUUUUAUGGUAGGCCACUCUGAUAGGCCUACAUUAUGAUCAAAUAGCCACAGUAGCCUACUUGGCCACUGUUAUAACUGUAACUUAAAGCGGGUACAGCCUCAGUUUUCACAGUAAACACACGGCAGCAAUUGCAUAAAAAUUUCAAAACGUUGAAGUUUGCGCUCAGCAGACCUGAAAUUUGCUCAGUGCCUAAAGAAAUUAGAGGGAACAUUGGUUAUGGGUAUGCUUGUAAUCAUUAAGGGCUGGGGAGUUUUUCAGGAUAAAAAGAAACGGAAUGGAGCUAAGCACAGGUAAAAUCCUAGAAGAAAACCUGGUUCAGUCUGCUUUCCACCAAACACUGGGAGAUGAAUUUACCUUUCAGCAGGACAAUAACCUAAAACACAAGGCCAAAUCUACACUGGAGUUGCUUACCAAGAAGACAGUGAAUGUUCCUGAGUGGCCGAGUUACAGUUUUGACUUAAAUUUACUUGAAAGUCUAUGCCAAGAGCUGAACAUUGUUGUCUAGCAAUGAUCAAAAACCAAUUUGACAGAGCUUGAAGAAUUUUGAAAAGAAUAAUGGGAAAAUAUUGCACAAUCCAGCUGUGGAAAGCUCUUAGAGACUUACCCAGAAAGACUCACAGCUGUAAUCGCUGCCAAAGGUGCUUCUACAAAGUAUUGACCCAGGGGUGUGAAUACUUACAGUUGAAGUCGGAAGUUUACAUACACUUAGGUUGGAGUCAUUAAAACUUGUUUUUCAACCACUCCACAAAUUUCUUGUUAACAAACUAUAGUUUUGGCAAGUCGGUUAGGACAUCUACUUUGUGCAUGACACAAGUAAUUUUUCCAACAAUUGUUUACAGAGAGAUUAAUUCACUGUAUCACAAUUCCAGUGGGUCUGAAGUUUACAUACACUAAGUUGACUGUGCCUUUAAACAGCUUGGAAAAUUCCAGAAAAUGAUAUCAUGGCUUUAGAAGCUUCUGAUAGGCUAACUGGCAUCAUUUGAGUCAAUUGGAAGUGUACCUGUGGAUGUAUUUCAAGGCCUACCUUCAAACUCAGUGCCUCUUUGCUUGACAUCAUGGGAAAAUCAAAAUAAAUCAGCCAAGACCUCAGAAAAAAAUGUGUAGACCUCCACGAGUCUGGUUCAUCAAUGGGAGCAAUUUCCAAACACCUGAAGGUACCACGUUCAUCUGUACAAACAAUAGUACGCAAGUAUAAACACCAUGGGACCACGCAGCCGUCAUACCGCUCAGGAAGGAGACGCGUUCUGUCUCCUAGAGAUGAACGAACUUUGGUGCAAAAAGUGCAAAUCAAUCCCAGAACAACAGCAAAUGACCUUGUGAAGAUGCUGGAGGAAACAGGUACAAAAUAUCUAUAGCCACAGUAAAACGAGUCCUAUAUCGACAUAACCUGAAAGGCCGCUCAGCACGGAAGAAGCCACUGCUCCAAAACCGUCAUAAAAAAGCGAGACUAAGGUUUGCAACUGCACAUGGGGACAAAGAUCGUACUUUUUGGAGAAAUGUCCUCUGGUCUGAGGAAACAAAAAUAGAACUGUUUGGCCGUAAUGACCAUCGUUAUGUUUGGAGGGAAAAGGGGGACGCUUGCAAGCCGAAGAACACCAUCCCAACCGUGAAGCACUGGGGUGGCAGCAUCAUGCUGUGGGGGUGCUUUGCUGCAGGUGGGACUGGUGCACUUCACAAAAUAGAUGGCAUCAUGAGGAAGGAAAAUUAUGUGGAUAUAUUGAAGCAACAUCUCAAGACAUCAGUCAGGAAGUUAAAGCUUGGUCGCCAAUGGGUCUUCCAACUUCGAAAGUUGUGGCAAAAUGGCUUAAGGACAACAAAGUCAAGAUAUUGGAGUGGCCAUCACAAAGCCCUGACCUCAAUCUUAUAGAACAUUUAUGGGCAGAACUGAAAAAGCGUGUGCGAGCAAGGAGUCCUACAAACCUGACUCAGUUACACCAGCUCUGUCAGGAGGAAUGGGCCAAAAUUCACCCAACUUAUUGUGGGAAGCUUGUGGAAGGCUACCCGAAACGUUUGACCCAAGUUAAACAAUUUAAAGGCAAUGCUACCAAAUACUAAUUGAGUGUAUGUAAACUUCUGACCCACUGGGAAUGUGAUAAAAUAAAUAAAAAGCUGAAAUAAAUCAUUCUCUCUACUAUUAUUCUGACAUUUCACAUUCUUAAAAUAAAGUGGUGAUCCUAACUGACCUAAGACAGGGAAUUUUUACAUGGAUUAAAUGUCAGAAAUUGUGAAAAACUGAGUUUAAAUGUAUUUGGCUAAGGUGUAUGUAAACUUCCGACUUCAACUGUAUGUAAAUUAGAUAUUUCUGUUUUUCAUUUUCAAUAAAUUUGCAAAAAUGUGUAAAAACAUGUUUUCACUUUGUCAUUCUGGGGUAUUAUGUGUAGAUGGGUGAGGAUUUUUAAAAUAUUUAAUCCAUUUUGAAUUCAGGCUGUAACACAACAAAAUAUGGAAUAAGUCAAGGGGUAUGAAUACCUUUUGAAGGCACUGUAUAUAUUGAGAUCUGGCCGCGGACCCCUGCAGUACCUCCGCAGAUGAAAACCCCUGUAUUAGGGCAUGCAAUGGAAAACUUUUAAAAACGUUUUGCAACAGGGGAAAAAUGUAAAUCUUAUUGGGCAAGUCCAUGUACUGUAGUCCCUUCCUGUUUUAGGCAGUUUUCUUCAGUUUGGUGCCUACCCACUGGGCACAGAUAUCAUUUCAACUUCUAGUUUUUAUUUAUAUUUGAUUGAGAUGUCAACUAACGUGACUUCAACGUGAUUUUUCUUCCCACCAUGUCAUUGGAUUUAAGUUAAAAGUUGGGUGAAAAAAAUACUAAAUUCCCUUACGUUGAUGACUUUUUAGGCAAAUCUAAUCAGUUUUCCACAUUGAUCCAACGUCAUCAGAUAUAAUAUUUUUUGUUGAAAUGACGUGGAAACAACGUUGAUGCAACCAGUUUUUGCCCAGUGGGUAAUGAACACGUCCCAGAGCAAGCUUCCCUCAGGUCCACAAAUGUCUCAGCCCCCACCCCCCUCUUCUCGCAUCUGUUUCUCUUUGUCUGCUGGCGGCCACAGAUCUAUUUCAUCUUAUCGAUAUCUCUCGAGAGAGCGAGUGAGAGGGAGAGAAGGAGUCUUCUCUCGGGAGCUGAUCGAGAGCAUAGGCUGGAGGAGCUUCUAUUUAUUUCUACGCUUAGAUGUUAUUUCUUUCUUCUCUCUUUCUCUUUUCUCUUCGAUUCUCUUCUCUUCUCUUCUCUUCUCUUCUCUUCUCUUCUCUCUCUCUCUGUCUCAGUGUGGAUAUCGUGUUAACACUGGGUUACAUUUAGUUGAAUCUGCUCUGCUAUUUUGGACAUAAUAUAUGGCUUAUUUCACAGCCCAGACAACUUUUAGGGCCCAUGUGAGAUGUCGGCUCAGAGAUGAUCAAGAAAUACGUGUGACUCUCCUGAGUAGAUUUGUUGUUUGAGUGGAUUCUCGUAUCAGCAACUUGCAUUAAGAUAAAACAUUUUCCUCGAUCAUGAUAUAUGAUUGCUUAUAUUUCUCAGAACUGAUCUCAAAUUAGAUGUCAGGAUAGGGUAGCUGAACUAUUCAGAUAUCAAGACAGAAACCAGAGUCACUGGUUGCAAAAAAAUACUAUUACAUUAAAAAAGGAAGUCUGUUUCUACUCAACAGAGUUUGUGUUAAAUGGCACUAGGCACAUAACAUGCUUCUGACCAUAAACAGUUGUUGUGGUUUGACAACAUUUUUACAUUUGUUUCUCUGUGUUACUUCAUACUGUAUUUCUCUUUUAAUCAUUAUACUGUUCAAGCUGUCUCUCUCUUUUCACUCGAGUUGAGUGAAACGUUUGCUUUGACACAGCUGCAUUUUGUCUGACAUAAUGUCUUAAAUCCAUAUAUGCUCCCAAGUGUGUUUAUUGUAACAAUCAUUUGGUCUUCUGUCUUCAUCAGACCCCUGAUGAAAUUUAAAGCUUUAAAAAUCCCACUGGGCACACACUGGUUCAAUCAACGUUGUUUCCACGUCAUUUCAUUUAAAUUACAUUGAACCAACGUGGAAUAGUCGAUGAAUUGACGCUGGUGCCCAGUGGGAUUGCUACAUCCCACUUGGGAGGAUAUACGCAGUGUACUGUCUUCCUAGUUUUGUUGUUGAACAUUAGUCUUACUAACAUGUGCUCAGUCAUGUGUGUGUUUCUAUCUUUUCUAAUAAUGUAUGUUUCCCUUUCUCUCCAGCUUGUGGCGGCCAUUGUUUUCCUGAGCUUCGGGAUCAUUGCCUCCUUCCUGUGUCUGGUGGUGGAUGGCGUCUUCAUCGUUUUCAACAUGGUGAGUCACGUUGCUGCUUCACGUGUCUUUCAACUCAACAGAUCACAUGGUGUUCGAGACAAUUGUGACCGUAAAUGAAAAUCUAACCUAAAACUAAUUUAUUUCUCAUUCAGAGUGAAAAUAGCAAUUUUAGGGGGGGGGGGGGGGGGGAAUCAUUUAUUUCUCAUUUAUUCAGUCGGCAGUAGGCUUGAUCUCAGUUUCCCCCAGUCUCUGAUCUUGAUGUCGUGCAUGAGAGUGUUUGUGAGAAUAGCUGUAAUAUUAAUGUUCAUGCAUGAGUGUUUCAACGUGUGUAGAUGGAGAUUGACCCACACUGUCUAGAAUGUUGAAAGCAGUUUGGAUUGAGCCUCACUCCCUGUGGAUGAGUGUGGUCAUGAGAAACCUUUGGGUGAGAGAGCGUCCUCUCCUCCCAUUUCAAUGUGUUAACCCAACCGAAAAUUUCACACAAGAUCAAAUGUUCCGUUUGCCAUCCCAAUAGCACAAUAUAACUUCAAUAAUUGCAAUAAACUUAACACAUUUACAUUUCAAAGUGGAACAAUGCAUGGCUACACAAUGACAUUGCAAUAUAAUAUUAAUGUGUACAUUUCUAGGGAUAUGCCAAGAUGCAAAGGACCCAUGGUCCAGAUUUGUGUCUGUCUGUCUGUCUGUCUGCCUGUGUUUGUCUGUCUGUCUGUCUGUCUGUCUGUCUGUCUGGCUGUCUGGCUGUCUGCAUGUCUGCAUGUCUGUAUGUCUGUAUGUCUGUCUGUCUGUCUGUAUGUCUGCCUGCCUGUCUGUCUGCAUGCCUAUCUGAUUGUGCAGGGCAUUUGUGUUAGUAUGUAGUGGGUGGAGGGCUGGGGAACCCAGCAAGCAAGUUAUUGUAUUAGACCAGUGAUCACAAAGCUUCAGCUAGGAAUGUUUGCCUCUCUAUCAAAACCCUAUUAAAAACAUCUAAAGAAGAGUGAAUUGUAAAAUACAAAGCACCAAUAACAAACAAGGUAGACAAUAUGCCAUGUAUUAGGGAUCUAAGUGAGAGUUUUCUUAUACUUUUUUAAAUGCAAUUUGUUAUUGUUUAAAUUCUGCAUUUCUUCUGUUUUUCUCAAAACUGUGAGCAAGAAUGAAUAAAGCCAAAGCAGACAGAAAUAAGUCUUUGAGUAUAGCAGACUGGUCUCACAGACUAGACGUAACAUAGUAAAUAUAAAUCCUUGACAGUCAAAUUAGUAUGAUAUGUUACGUUUGGUAUGGUUACAGAUAAAAGGUUACUUAAGGUAAAAAUGAAAGAAGGAUGAUUGGUCGGGGUGGAUGGGUGGGCGUAUAACAUGAACGUAAAGCAACCCAAAGUAGAAGUUAAUCACGGACAACAUUAGCAUUUUAGCUAAUCAGCAACUUUGCAACUACUUACUACUUUAUAGCUACUUUGUAACUACUUAGCAUGUUAGCUAACUCUUCCCCUAACCCUAACCUUAUCCCCUUUAGCUAACCUUUCCCCUAACCCUAACCCUUAACCCUAACCAUAACCCUUUAACCUAACUCCUAACCUUAACCCUAACCUUAACCCCUAGAGAUAGCUAACGUUAGCAUUAGCCACCUAGACACCUAGCUAACAUUAGCCACAACAAAUUGGAAUUCGUAACAUAUCAUACGUUUUGCUUAUUCGUAACAUAUUGUACGUUUCGCAAUUCGUAACAUAUCAUACGAAAUGGAUGAUGGACAUCCACAAAUUAAUAUAUACCAUACGAAACAUAAUAUAUCAUACUAAAUGUAGUGUUUCGGAUUUACGUACAGAAUAAUAUGAAAUACUGUGAGACCAAGUUGGGUAUAGGGGCACUAGACUCCACUGGGUGUCUGUUUCCCAAUAAGUCUUGAUCUGUAAGCAACCCCCACACCCCCCGUUUGACUACAUAGUUGAAAUAUUUUUGUAUUUUUGAUUCCAAGUAGGAUUUGACCCUAUGAAGGGAUGAGUAUUAAAGUAAAAAAGAAGGACCUAUUUUUGUCAUAAAUGUUAUGGCUUUUCAUUUGUAUCCCUUUAUAAGGAGAAGUGUAACAAUUUGACAUUUUAAACAUUUUGCCUUUCCUCAUGCUGUCAAUAUUACUAGGCCUUAGUUCUAUUCACAAUCAUCAACCGGUCAAAUCAAGUCCAUAUAGUAAUCUGGCUUACAGUGGGGGAAAAAAGUAUUUAGUCAGCCACCAAUUGUGCAAGUUCUCCCACUUAAAAAUAUGAGAGAGGCCUGUAAUUUUCAUCAUAGGUACACGUCAACUAUGACAGACAAAAUGAGAAAUAAAAAUCCAGAAAAUCACAUUAUAGGACUUUUUAUGAAUUUAUUUGCAAAUUAUGGUGGAAAAUAAGUAUUUGGUCAAUAACAAAAGUUUCUCAAUACUUUGUUAUAUACCCUUUGUUGGCAAUGACACAGGUCAAACGUUUUCUGUAAGUCUUCACAAGGUUUUCACACACUGUUGCUGGUAUUUUGGCCCAUUCCUCCAUGCAAAUCUCCUCUAGAGCAGUGAUGUUUUGGGGCUGUCGCUGGGCAACACGGACUUUCAACUCCCUCCAAAGAUUUUCUAUGGGGUUGAGAUCAGGAGACUGGCUAGGCCACUCCAGGACCUUGAAAUGCUUCUUACGAAGCCACUCCUUCGUUGCCCGGGCGGUGUGUUUGGGAUCAUUGUCAUGCUGAAAGACCCAGCCACGUUUCAUCUUCAAUGCCCUUGCUGAUGGAAGGAGGUUUUCACUCAAAAUCUCACGAUACAUGGCCCCAUUCAUUCUUUCCUUUACACGGAUCAGUCGUCCUGGUCUCUUUGCAGAAAAACAGCCCCAAAGCAUGAUGUUUCCACCCCCAUGCUUCACAGUAGGUAUGGUGUUCUUUGGAUGCAACUCAGCAUUCUUUGUCCUCCAAACACGACGAGUUGAGUUUUUACCAAAAAGUUAUAUUUUGGUUUCAUCUGACCUUAUGACAUUCUCCCAAUCCUCUUCUGGAUCAUCCAAAUGCACUCUAGCAAACUUCAGACGGGCCUGGACAUGUACUGGCUUAAGCAGGGGGACACGUCUGGCACUGCAGGAUUUGAGUCCCUGGCGGCGUAGUGUGUUACUGAUGGUAGGCUUUGUUAAUUUAGUCCCAGCUCUCUGCAGGUCAUUCACUAGGUCCCCCCGUGUGGUUCUGGGAUUUUUGCUCACCGUUCUUGUGAUCAUUUUGACCCCACGGGGUGAGAUCUUGCGUGGAGCCCCAGAUCGAGGGAGAUUAUCAGUGGUCUUGUAUGUCUUCCAUUUCCUAAUAAUUGCUCCCACAGUUGAUUUCUUCAAACCAAGCUGCUUACCUAUUGCAGAUUCAGUCUUCCCAGCCUGGUGCAGGUCUACAAUUUUGUUUCUGGUGUCCUUUGACAGCUCUUUGGUCUUGGCCAUAGUGGAGUUUGGAGUGUGACUGUUUGAGGUUGUGGACAGGUGUCUUUUAUACUGAUAACAACUUCAAACAGGUGCCAUUAAUACAGGUAACGAGUGGAGGAGAGAGGAGCCUCUUAAAGAAGAAGUUACAGGUCUGUGAGAGCCAGAAAUCUUGCUUGUUUGUAGGUGACCAAAUACUUAUUUUCCACCAUAAUUUGCAAAUAAAUUCAUAAAAAAUCCUACAAUGUGAUUUUCUGGAUUUUUUUCCUCAAUUUGUCUGUCAUAGGUGACGUGUACCUAUGAUGAAAAUUACAGGCCUCUCUCAUCUUUUUAAGUGGGAGAACUUGCACAAUUGGUGGCUGACUAAAUACUUUUUUCCCCACUGUAGAUGUCUGCCUCUAGAUUAUAUCAAUGCUUAUGUUCAGCUUUUGUCACAGAAAGAUUCCAAUGCACUGUACAGAUGUAGGAUCUUAAUUUGAGCAAGUUUGCUACAGCAGGAAGAUAAUCCUGCAGCAACAGGAAAUGUGAAUUAUUAUGUGGAUUAUAAUUAAUCAACACUUUUAUGGGGGUUGAUAGAUUUUUCAUAAGGGAAAAUCAAGUCUGAAAUUUAAAAGUGGAAAUUACUAACUUUAGCAGCCUUUUUAAACCUCAAAUACACUACAAGUUUUAUAUUUACUGCUUUCAGGAAAGUUCUCCUGCAACAGGGUGAUCAAAUGAACAUCCUACAUCUGUAUGUAUUCGGUACUUACAAAUGUCAAUAAGAGUUGACUUGACUAGUUCCAACGUAGUGUACUAGUUGAUAUACUUAUAUACAGUAUGUGUUGAACAGCAUAGUACAUAACUACUAUCUAUUUACAAUGCCUUAGUAAAAGCUGCAAAAUUCACCCCUUCUGCUUCUAACAUACACACACAUAUAUAUAUAUAUAUAUAUAUAUAUAUAUAUAUAUAUAUAUAUAUAUAUAUAUAUACAGUGGCUUGCGAAGGUAUUCACCCCCCCUUGGCAUUUUUCCUAUUUUGUUGCCUGACAACCUGGAAUUAAAAUGGAUUUUGGGUGGUUUGUAUCAUUUGAUUUACACAACAUGCCUACCACUUUGAAGAUGCAAAAUAUGCUUAAUUGUGAAACAAACAAGAAACAAGACAAAAAAAACAGAAAACUUGAGCGUGCAUAACUAUUCACCCCCCCCCCAAAGUCAAUACUUUGUAGAGCCAUCUUUUGCAGCAAUUACAGCUGCAAGUCUCUUGGGGUAUGUCUCUAUUAACUUGGCACAUCUAGCCACUGGGAUUUUUGGCCAUUCUUCAAGGCAAAACUGCUCCAGCUCCUUCAAGUUGGAUGGGUGCCACUGGUGUACAGCAAUCUUUAAGUCAUACCACAGAUUCUCAAUUGGAUUGAGGUCUGGGCUUUGACUAGGCCAUUCCAAGACAUUUAAAUGUUUCCCUUAAACCCCUCGAGUGUUGCUUUAGCAGUAUGCUUAAGGUCAUUGUCCUGCUGGAAGGUGAACCUCCGUCCCAGUCUCAAAUCUGUGGAAGACUGAAACAGGUUUCCCUCAAGAAUUUCCCUGUAUUUAGCGCCCUCCAUCAUUCCUUCAAUUCUGACCAGUUUCCCAGUCCCUGCCGAUUAAAAACAUCCCACAGCAUGAUGCUGCCACCACCAUGCUUCACUGUGGGGAUGGUGUUCUCGGGGUGAUGAGAGGUGUUGGGUUUGCACCAGACAUAGCGUUUUCCUUCAUGGCCAAAAAGCUCAAUUUUAGUCUCAUCUGACCAAAGUACCUUCUUCCAUAUGUUUGGGGAGUCUCCCACAUGCCUUUUGGUGAACACCAAACGUGUUUGCUUAUUUUUUUCUUUAAGCAAUGUCUUUUUUCUGGCCACUCUUCCGUAAAGCCCAGCUCUGUGGAGUGUACGGCUUAAAGUGGUCCUAUGGACAGAUACUCCAAUCUCCGCUGUGGAGCUUUGUAGCUCCUUCAGGGUUAUCUUUGGUCUCUUUGUUGCCUCUCUGAUUAAUGCCCUCCUUGCCUGGUCCGUGAGUUUUGGUGGGCAGCCCUCUCUUGGCAGGUUUGUUGUGGUGCCAUAUUCUUUCCAUUUUUUAAUAAUGGAUUUAAUGGUGCUCCGUGGGAUGAUCAAAGUUUCUGAUAUUUUUUUUAUAACCCAACCCUGAUCUGUACUUCUCCACAACUUUGUCCCUGACCUGUUUGGAGAGCUCCUUGGUCUUCAUGGUGCCGCUUGCUUGGUGGUGCCCCUUGCUUAGUGGUGUUGCAGACUCUGGGACCUUUCAGAACAGGUGUAUAUAUACUGAGAUCAUGUGACAGAUCAUAUGACACUUAGAUUGCAAACAGGUGGACUUUAUUUAACUAAUUAUGUGACUUCUGCAGGUAAUUGGUUGCACCAGAUCUUAUUUAGGGGCUUCAUAGCAAAGGGGGUGAAUACAUAUGCACGCACCAUUUUUCCGUUAUUAAUUUUUGUAGAAUUUUUUUAAAUAAGUUAUUUUUUUAAUUUCACUUCACAAAUUUGCACUAUUUUGUGUAUGUUCAUUACAUGAAAUCCAAAUAAAAAUCAAUUUAAAUUACAGGUUGUAAUGCAACAAAAUAGGAAAAACGCCAAGGGGGAUGAAUACUUUUGCAAGGCACUGUAUACAGUUGAAGUCGGAAGUUAACAUACACCUCAGCCAAAUACAUUUAAACUCAGUUUUUCACAAUUCCUGACAUUUAAUCCUAGUAAAAAUGCCCUGUCUUAGGUCAGUUAGGAUCACCACUUUAUUUUAAGAAUGUGAAAUGUCAGAAUAAUAGUAGAGAUAAUUAUUUAUUUCAGCUUUUAUUUAUUUCAUCACAUUCCCAGAAGGUCCGAAGUUUACAUACACUCAAUUAGUAUUUGGUAGCAUUGCCUUUAAAUUGUUUAACUUGGGUCAAAUGUUUCGGGUAGCCUUCCACAAGCUUCCCUCAAUAAGUUGGAUGAAUAUUGGCCCAUUCCUCCUGACAGAGCUGGUGUAACUGAAUCAGGUUUGUAGGCCUCCUUGCUCGCACAUGCUUUUUCAAUUCUGCCCACAAAUGUUCUACAGGAUUGAGGUCAGGGCUUUGUGAUGGCCACUCCAAUAUCUUGACUUUGUUGUCCUUAAGCCAUUUUGCCACAACUUUCGAAGUUGGAAGACCCAUUGGCGACCAAGCUUUAACUUCCUGACUGAUGUCUUGAGAUGUUGCUUCAAUAUAUCCACAUCAUUUUCCUUCCUCAUGAUGCCAUCUAUUUUGUGAAGUGCACCAAUCCCUCCUGCAGCAAAGCACCCCCAGAGCAUGAUGCUGCCACCCCCGUGCUUCACGGUUGGGAUGGUGUUCUUCGGCUUGCAAGACCCCCCUUUUUCCUCCAAACAUAACGAUGGUCAUUAUGGCCAAACAGUUAUAUUUUUGUUUAAUCAGACCAGAGGACAUUUCUCCAAAAAGUACUAUCUUUGUCCCCAUGUGCAGUUGCAAACCGUAGUCUGGCUUUUUUAUGGCGGUUUUGGAGCAGUGGCUUCUUCCUUGCUGAGCGGCUUUUCAGGUUAUGUCGAAAUAGGACUUGUUUUACUGUGGAUAUAGAUACUUUUGUACCUGUUUCCUCCAGCAUCUUCACAAGGUCCUUUGUUGUUGUUCUGGGAUUGAUUUGCACUUUUCGCACCAAAGUACAUUCAUCUCUAGGAGACAGAACGCGUCUUCUUCCUGAGCGGUAUGAUGGCUGCGUGGUCCCAUGGUGUUUAUACUUGCAUACAAUUGUUUGUACAGAUGAACGUGGUACCUUCAGGCAUUUGGAAAUUGCUCCCAAGGAUGAACCAGACUUGUGGAAGUCUACUUUUUUUGGCUGAUUUCUUUACAUUUUCCCAUGAUGUCAAGCAAAGAGGCACUGAGUUUGAAGGUAGGCCUUGAAAUACAGCCACAGGUACACCAACAAUUGACUCAAAUGAUGUCAAUUAGCCUAUCAGAAGCUUCUAAAGCCAUGACAUCAUUUUCUGGAAUUUUCCAAGCUGUUUAAAGGCACAGUCAACUUAGUGUAUGUAAACUUCUGACCCACUGGAAUUGUGAUACAUUGAAUUAUAAGUGAAAUAAUCUGUCUGUAAACAAUUGUUGGAAAAAUGACUUGUGUCAUGGACAAAGUAGAUGUCCUAACCGAUUUGCCAAAACUAUAGUUUGUUAACAAAAAUGUGUGGAGUGGUUGAAAAGCGAGUUUUAAUGACUCCAACCUAAGUGCAUGUAAACCUCCGACUUCAACUGUGUAUAUAUAUAUAUACACAUACAUACAUAUACAUUUAUACAUAUAUAUAUUAUAUCCGUCUUCUGCUUCUAACAUACAGUCGUGGUCAAAAGUUUUGUUAGUAUUGGUCUUCACAAAGUUUGCUGCUUCAGUGUUUUUCGAUAUUUUUGUUAGAUGUUACUAUGGUAUACUGAAGUAUAAUUACAAGCAUUCCAUAAGUGUCAAAGUCUUUUAUUGACAAUUACAUUAAGUUUAUGCAAAGAGUCAAUAUUUGCAGUGUUGGCCCUUCUUUUUCAGCCCAUUCUUGCAUAAUCAAUGCUAGGAGUUUGUCAGAAUUUGUGGGUUUUUGUUUGUCCACCCGCCUCUUGAGGAUUGACCACAAGUUCUCAAUAGGAUUAAGGUCUGGGGAGUUUCCUGGCCAUGGACCCAAAAUUCUGAUGUUUUGUUCCCAGAGCCACUUAGUUAUCACUUUUGCCUUAUGGCAAGGUGCUCCAUCAUGUUGGAAAAGGCAUUGUUCGUCACCAAACUGUUCUUGGAUGGUUGGGAGAAGUUGCUCUCUGAGGAUGUGUUGGUACCAUUCUUUAUUCAUGGCUGUGUUCUUAGGCAAAAUUGUGAGUGAGCCCACUCCCUUGGCUGAGAAGCAACCCCACACAUGAAUGGUCUCAGGAUGCUUUACUGUUGGCAUGACACAGGACUGAUGGUAGCGCUCACCUUGUCUUCUCCAGACAAGCUUUUUUCCGGAUGCCCCAAACAAUCGGAAAGGGGAUUCAUCAGAGAAAAUGACUUUACCCCAGUCCUCAGCAGUCCAAUCCCUGUACAUUUUACAGAAUAUCAGUCUGUCCCUGAUGUUUUUCCUAGAGAGAAGUGCCUUCCUCGCUGCCCUUCUUGACACCAGGCCAUCCUCCAAAAGUCUUUGCCUCACUGUGCAUGCAGAUGCAUUUAUACCUGCCUGCUGCCAUUCCUGAGCAAGCUCUGCACUGGUGGUGCCCCGAUCCCGCAGCUGAAUCAACUUUAGGAGAUGGUCCUGGUGCUUGCUGGACUUUCUUGGGCGCCCUGAUGCCUUCUUCACUCGGUCUCCCGAGUGGCGCAGUGGUCUAAGACACUGCAUCGCAGAGCUAGCUGUGCCACUAGAGAUCCUGGUUCGAAUCCAGGCUCUGCUGUAGCCGGCAGCAACCGGGAGACCAAUGGGGCGGCGCACAAUUGGCCCAGCGUCGUCCAGGGUAGGGGAGGGAAUGGCCGGCAGGGAGGUAGCUCAGUUGGUGGAGCAUGGCGUUUGCAACGCCAGGGUUGUGGGUUCGAUUCCCAUGGGGUAUGAAAAUUAAAAAAAAAGAAUAAUGUAUGCACUAACUGUAAGUCGCUCUGGAUAAGAGCGUCUGCUAAAUGACGUAAAUGUAAAUGUUCACAACAAUUGAACCUCUCUUCUUGAAGUUCUUGAUGAUCCGAUAAAUGGUUGAUUUAGGUGCAAUCUUGCUAGCGGCAAUAUCCUUGCCUGUGAAGCCCUUUUCGUGCAAAGCAAUGAUGACGGCACAUGUUUCCUUGCAGGUAACCAUUUUUCUUCCUCUCUUAACCAUGAUUUCAAGCACCACCUUCCUUUUAAAGCUUCCAGUCUGUUAUUCUAACUCAAUCGGCAUGAAAAUGAACUUAAUCCCCCCAAAAUAUUUCCACUGCAUUUCAGCCCUGCCACAAAAGGACCAGCUGACAUCAUGUCAGUGAAUCUCUCCUUAACACAGGUGAGAGUGUUGACACUCUCAACACUCUCACCUGUGUUAAUGAGAGAUUCACUGACAUGAUGUCAGCUGGUCCUUUUGUGGCAGGGCUGAAAUGCAGUGGAAAUGUUUUUUGGGGAUUAAGUUCAUUUUCAUGGCAAAGAGGGACUUUGCAAUUAAUUGCAAUUCAUCUGAUCACUCUUCUUAACAUUCUGGAGUAUAUGCAAAUUGCCAUCAUAAAAACUGAGGCAGCACUUUGUGAAAAUUAAUGUUUGUGUCAUUCUCAAAACUUUUGACCACGACUGUACACUGAGUGUACCAAACAUUAGGAACACCUUCCUAAUAUUGAGUUGCACCCCUGUUUUCCCUCAGAACAGCCUCAAUUCGUGAGGGCAUGGACUCUAUAAAGUGUCGAAACCAUUCCCCAGGGAUGCUGGCCCAUGUUGACUUCAAUGCUUCCCACAGUUGUAUCAAGUUGGCCGGAUGUCCUUGCGUUGGUGAACCAUUCUAAAUAUUUUAAAUCCGUCUUCUGUUUUAUUGGAGAACUUUACAAUGCCAGAACGAUAUGGAGUCUAAUUGGUAAUGCUAUUCAAAAGGGGUGUGCUGGAAUUGGAUGGAGUCAUUGCAGCUGUGUUUAAAGCAAAUGUAGUGUCCUGAGUGGCGCAGUGGUCUAAGGCACUGCAUCACAGUGCUAGCUGUGCCACUAGAGAUCCUGGUUCGAAUCCAGGCUCUGUCAUAGCCGGCCGUGACCGGGAGACCCAUGGGGCGGCGCACAAUUGGUCCAGCGUAGGGGAGGGAAUGGCCGGCAGGGAUGUAGCUCAGUUGGUAGAGCAUGGCGUUUGCAACGCCAGGGUUGUGGGUUCGAUUCCCACGGGGGGCCAGUAUAAAAAAAUUUAAUAUAUAAUGUAUGCAUUCACUAACUGUAAGUCGCUCUGGAUAAGAGCGUCUGCUAAAUGACUAAAAUGCAAAUGUAAUACAACUGCAGUCUAUUCAAAGUUCUCAUGCAUUAAGAGAUCAUCUCUGUCUGUCCACACCAGGAUGUCCGUCCUCUGAAAGCAGGGAGAUGCCAGUUUUACACCAGUGGAAACAGCUAUAUCUAUGAGAAUUACUAUGCCUCUGUAAGUACAACUGCACGCAUAGCAAUAUGACUUACUGUGCUAGCUAUACUGUCCAAUUCUGAAAAUACAUGUAGUACAUACUGUCUGGCAGGGGGAAAAUCCAUUUUUAAGGGAGGGGUCAAUCACCUUUGACUAAUCUCUGCUUGUACUGUACCUGUCACUCAAUACUGUUGAUUAGAGUGUCUGCCUCCUCUUGCAGGUGCCAUGCCAGGGUCUCACGGAGUCAUGUAGUAUGAAGGUACGCAGUGGGACCUGCUACUGCUGCGACCUUUAUGACUGUGCCAAGUGAGUAAAAGAUACACAUACAUUAAAGGUCCAUAAUGAAGCUUUGUGAACAACCCAACAGAUUUCUGAUAGAAAUGUUAUAGAUCUGUCAUUCUCAUUGAAAGCAAGUCUGAUAAGCGGUAGAUCCAACCGGGAAUAAUCUAACUGGGUAAUAAAAAUGCAGUGCUAAAAUAACUUUAUAUACAGUAUAUGUGGUAACUCACCCCUCACAUCAGCAAUGUGUAGAACCCACCCACCUGUGUGAUGCUUGGAAGGCAUUUUGUGCCAGAAUGCUCGUCACACAUUAGCUAUCACGAUGAUAAGGUGUGGAGUGAUUGUGCCCUAUUUAAGCUGAAGUAGGCUCAAACUAGCGCCAAGGGUUUCCUAGCCAGGUCACAUGGUGUACAGACCAACUCAUCUCACUUCCCACUGCCCUCAUGAGUCAUCAUUCGCUGCUCCUUCACUCCAUGCUCAUUCACACCACGCUGCUCGUUGGUAAGCGAAUGCUCAUGCUACCUGUCUCUCCUUAACUUGUAGACCGGUGUUUUGACUCACUGCCCCGCAAUUUACUGCUUGCUUCUACAGCACCAAGUUGGUCAUCUCCCGCUCGUGUAGUGUAUGUGCAGGCAGGAUCCAUACAGUGAGCAAGUCCUCCGCUUUCUCUCUGUUUGCCGUACUGGUGUGUGACUCAGGUUUGUGUUGCUUGAAGUGUUUGCCAUUUCACAGGCCGUGCUUGUUUCGGGAGGCAGGGUGCAGGCUGUAUUUGCAAACCCACUGUAGCUUAUAGCAAACUUUCAGUAAAUUCCUGUCAAGAAGAGAGUCCAAUUAGCUUAGCUAUCUUAGCUAGCCGGUAGUUUCAAAUGGAGGUUGGUAACGAACAGUUUAAAUGCUGCAGGAGCUGUGUUUAUUUUGCUCUAUUCCGGGACAAUGUGGACUGUCUGGACUUUCAAUGCAGCAACUGUUUGCUUGCAGAGGACUACAGAGGCGAAGUGGCUACUCUUAGCAAACAAGUAGCGAUCAGGGUGUGACAUUAGUGGAUGUUCCUAUUCUUGACCCUGCCAACCAGCCAUGGAGGCAUGUCACUCACAGUGGAAGUAGAAAGCAGCGGCCUUUGGUAAUUGAGGCCUCCUUGGCGGUAGGAAGCCCGGACUGGUUACUUCAAACAGCUUCACUGCCCUGGAUCUAGAGGUUCCGGCGCCUUCAUCCCUGGGGGCUUCUGCUUCAAGAUUGGAUCCGGAGGUACCUGCGCCUCCGUCCCCUGUUCAGACUCCCUCUCCGGUGGCUUCUAUGGUGAAUACAUCCAGUAUGAAAAUGUAUGCACUCACUAACUGUAAUUGGCUCUGGAUAAGAGCAUCUGCUAAAUGACUAAAAAUGCAAAUGUAAAAUAAGGCUUUGUUGGUUAUGGGAGGCUCGAACUGGGUUGCAAGAAAUUCGGUCGUGCGAGAUUCCGCGUCUGGCUGGUCCUUGACGGGUCUCCCAAAUGCUAGGCGUGGGAAUGGGCGGAUUUAAUCUUCAAUCUCUCCGGCUGUUGUCUUAGGCAGCUCUGUGGUUAGAAACGUAUUGGUUUCUGGAGCAAAAACCCUGUGCUAUCCCGGGGUUCGAGUACAGGAUAUUACUAGGCUGCUCCACACUUUUCUACAUCAGCACACAGAGAUUGAUGCUGUUGUAGUCCAUGUGGGAUUUAAUUACAUUAAAAAUGGUAGCUCGGAACGGCUGAAACAGGAUUUUGAAGAAUUGAUUGGUUCUCUGCUGGAUACCAAAAAACGUCCUAUAAUUUCUUGCCCUGUGCCCUCAGCAGAUUACUAGCACUUCACAACUGGCUACUGACUACUGCAGUUCCUUGGGUGUACCUUUUGUAGCCAACUUUUACACCUUUUGGAAGCAGAGGAUGCUCUAUAAGGAGGACGGGAUCCACCCUAAUCGUUUGGGUGCAUGGAUCCUGUUCAAACACUAUAAGGCAGUGCUGAGGCAAUGACUGAUCAAAUCAAGCUCCUCAAAGGUACAUGUAUUUACUCCCAUUAAAUUGCAGAGAUAUCAUUCCGCCACAAUUUCCCAUGUUGAUAGGGUUAUUGUAAAUAGUAAUUCUGUGCCUGUUAAUUUAAUAAAAAUGUAAUUUAAUAAUCAAAUCAAAUAAAUACAUUGAUAGCUCUGUUAGCUCCCAUAAGGAACCCACUGUUGUUAGCUCAACCUAUGCUAUUAAUAGUUUUAUAUCAAGCUAUCGUUUUGCUACAUGUGCUCAUAACCAUAGGGGUAUUGUCAAUAGUAAUCCUGUGCACAUUUACCUGAAUUCUGCUAUUAGCUCUGCAACUUUGAAUCCAAUCAGGAAGUGGCUAGCUCAUCCAGUUCUAUUGACUCUUGUGUCACCAUGGAUACUCCUGCUGUUUUCAAAUCUCGCAGAGGGCUUGGACUGUUAAAUAUAAAUGUGCGAAGGCUGAUGUCUAAACUGGACUUUCUGGAUGUCUGGGUGCAUGACACUAGCCCAGACUUUCUGGUUAUCUCAGAGACCUGGCUGAAUAAUUUGAUUAUGGACAAGGACGUUGCCAUUGCGGACUACAACAUUUUCAGAUGUGAUAGAGCAGAAAAGGGGGGAGGGGCGGCUAUUUAUGUAAGAUCUUCUCUUAUGGCAUCAUGCUCGCUUAGCAUUUCAGUCCCCAAACUAUGUGAGCUGUUGGUUAUUAAAGUGGACAUAAGCCAAAAUAUGCAUAUAUUUAUUGCUGCGGUCUACUGCCCCCCAGCUGCUUCGGUGGAGGCUGUUGGUAUUAUUUCUGAUUAUUUAUAAUAUUUUCUGGUAUUUUAACUGGUUGUGUUAGGAAAUCUAAAUCUUGAUUGGCUUACAAAUGCCUCAGAUCAGUUUAAGAAUAUCGGUCUUGAGUUCAACUUGACUCAGCUGAUAAUGAAACCCACAAACCUAGCAAACAUCUUCAUUGAUUGACCUUAUCCUGACAAACUAUAAAUAUUUGGCUAGUGGUGUUUUUGCAAGUUAUAUCAGCGACCACUGCCCUAUUGCUUGCAUUAGAGAUACCAAAUUGAAAAACUAUUGUCACGAUCGUCGACAGAAGCGGCCCAAGGUGCAGCGUGAGAAGCGUACAUCUUUUAAUGAGUACUUGUACACACAACGAACCAAAACAAUAAACGAUACGUGAAGUCCUAGGUUAAAUACACAAACCUUCCGGAACAAGAUCCCACAAAACAAAAGUGCCAACAGGCUGCCUAAGUAUGGUUCCCAAUCAGAGACAGUAAGAAUCAGCUGCCUCUGAUUGGGAACCACCCUGGCCAACAUAGAAAACACGAACUAGAACACAACAUAGAAAAUAACACAUAGAAACUCCACACCCUGGCUCAACAUAUAAGAGUCCCCAGAGCCAGGGCGUGACAACUAUGACCAUAGUAUAAUAGUGAAGAGACAUUUUUUAAGAUUCCCGCCCCUGGCGUUCCUUCAUGAUCUAUAUUAUUCCGGGAUUUUUUAUACUAGCUGCAUACCAGACCCUGUUGUGGCACUUACAUUUUUCGUACCAUUUUUACCUCUCUGGCUAAUAAACAUGUCCCUUUCAAGCGACUUAGAGUCAAAAACCGAACUAACCUAUGGUACUCUCCUGUACUUGCAGAACUCGUCUUGAUAAGAAAUCAAGCCUGGGCCAAGGCUAGAGAAACUGGCUUGUUAGCUGAUUGGCAGCUAUUUAGGCAAUUGAGAAAUAGGUGCACUACCUCAGUUAAACAAGCCAAAUCAAACUACUUCCUUAGCGCUAUGACUGACUCUGUUAGUGAUCCCUCUAAUUCCUCUACUUCCCUGCCUAAGCAAGUAGUUUUAGACACCUGCAUCAUUACUGAAAAAGUUCUGAUUCAUGAUGCUUUUAAUCAGCAUUUUAUCUCAGCUGGUUUCCUAUUUGAAAGAAAUGGUGGUCAUUUGUUACUUAACUUUAGUAUCAGGAAAUAUUCCAAAAGUGUGGAAAGCAGCUUUUGUGCUACCACUCCAUAAGGGUGGAGAUAGUAGUAAUCUUGAUAAUUAUCCACCCAUUUCCAGGCUCACUUGUCUGGCGAAAAUCUAAUCUAUGGAUUUCACAUGACUCGGCAGGGGCGCAGCCAUGGGUGGACCUGGGAGGGCAUAGGCCCACCCACUUGGGAGCCAGGCCCAGCCACUGGGGAGCCAGGCCCAGCCAAUCAGAUUUGUUUUUCCCAAAAAAAGGGCUUUAUUACAGACAGAAAUAUUCCUCAGUUUCAUCAGCUGUCCGGGUGGCUGGUCUCAGAUGAUCCCGCAGGUGAAGAAGCCGGGUGUGGAGGUCCUGGGCUGGUGUGGCUACACGUGGUCUGCGCUUGUGAGGCCGGUUGGACAUACUGCCAAAUUCUCUAAAACAACGUUGGAGGCGGCUUAUGGUAUAUGGAAUGAACAUUCAAUUCUCUGUUGGACAUUCCUGCAGUCAGCAUGCCAAUCAAAAUCUAGACAUCUGUGACAUUGUGUCCCCAGCACAAGGUUUUAAGAGUGGCCUUUUAUUGUCCCCAGCACAAGGUACACCUGUGUAAUGAUCACGCUGUUUAGUCAGCUUCUUGAUAUGCCAUACCUGUCAGGUGGAUGGAUUAUCUUGGCAAAGGAGAAAUGCUCACUAACAGGGAUGUAAACAAAUUUGUGCACAACAUUUGAGAGAAAUAAGCUUUUUGUGCAAAUGGAACAUUUCUGGGAUAUUUUAUUUCAGCUAAUGAAACAUGGGACCAACACUUUACAUGUUGUGUUUAUAUUUUUGUUCAGUAUAGAAUCAUUGGUCAAGAAACAGCUACGUUAUUUUCUAUCUGUAAAUUGUAUUCAUAAUGUUAAUCGAUCCGGAUUUAGACCUAAACAUAGCACCCCUACGGCUACCAUGCCUGUUGUAAAUGAUAUUGCAAAUGCCAUAGAUCAUAGAAAUAAUUGUGCUGCCAGACUUGUCAAAAGCUUUUGAUACUGUAGAACAUGUUAUUCUGUUGAAUAAGCUGUCCUUGGCAAGGUUGGUACUGAUGCUUGCCGAUGGUUUCAUAAUUAUCUCAGUGACAGAACUCAGGCCAUCAAGGUAGAUGGGGUCAAAUCUGAGUUCCUUGAGUUACAUAAAGGGGUGCCCCCAAGGUUCGAUACUCGGCCGACUACUGUUUACAAUCUAUAUAAAUAUAAUUGGUAAUGUUGUAAAAAAAUAUAUAAAAAAAUGAAUGCAGAUGAUAGUGUUGUAUUCCAUUGCUCCAUCGGUUGGCCAAGCCUUUUCACAUUUGAAGUCUGAUUUUCAAGCACUGCAGAGGUCACUAUUGGAUCUAAAGUUAGUGCUAAAUGUAAACAAAACAAAAUGCAUGCUUUAUUCUUGGUUCCAUAACCCAGAUUUAAAUUAAUUUGUAAUGACUAGUUUGAACGGUACACAAAUUGAGCGAGUUCCUUCCUACAAAUAUCUUGGUAUCUGGCUGUCAUUUAAAAAACAUGUCACUGAGCUGGUGAAGAAGUUUCAGUUCAAGGUUGGUUACUUUUACAGAAACAAAGCACGUCUGACUUUUGUUAAUAGGAAGGAAAUUGUCUAGGCCACUUUUAUGUCUAUUUUAGAUUAUGGCAAUAUUAUCUAUAUCUACAAUUAAAUCACUAGAUGCUGUUUUCCAUUGUGCCCUUAGGUUUAUUACUGUGUUUAUUUCUGCUUUGUUAUUUGCGCGGGCUGCACACACAUCUUCAGUCUCUCAUUCACAAUUUGACAAGCACUUGAUAAUGCCUCUAAUUUCCUGGCAGCAUCCCGUUUGUUUGGCCAUAAUGCCCCCUAAAACAAUUAAUGCCUUUUGCAGCCAGUGGCCGUUGUGCCCUUGGAUUGAAUAUAAUAAUUAUAAUUCCCUUCUCUCGGCUGCGUGCUCCCAAGCACCUCUCACUCAUAUGGCUCUCUAAGAUAGCUCAAUUCUUAUUAGCCAAUGCCCAUCACAUGAUCGGGUCUUUCUCACAGGCUACAAGUGAAGACAGACACAUCAGGGACGCAACUGCGCGCAUCCUUAUCCAAUUCCGAUGGCGCAUAUUGAAGAUAUUGGAAGAACUGUCCACAUUGACUUUUCAUCAGUCAACAAGAUCAGUAGGCCUAACGAACAGCAAAAGCACUAGCCUAUCAACUUUUGUACUAUGGGGGAUAGUAGAUUGACAUAGGGUCAAUCUACUAUCCCCCAUAGUACAAAAGUGGACCUAUUCUGUACGAUAAAUUAAUAUUCCAGACAUAGUCUGGGACAGUUGUGGGAUGCGAUAGAUCUCAAAUUAAUACAACCACUAGCAUCAAAAAAACUUUUUUAAGCAAUGAGGCUGACGCAACAGAUCAGAACAUUUAGCUUAAAAUGUUGAUAAACUAUUAGGCUAUUUUUUCACAUUAUAAGCAAAGCAAUGCGCACACAGAGUAGGCUAUAAGUGUGAAUGUUCCAAGAUGCAAUCAAUUAGCAGGAAAACACUUUCUCAAAAGUGACCGCAAAUGCGAUUAUGCAUGUUAUGCUUUUAUUAUAAAGGUGCAUUUUAAUGGUGAAAAUUAUCUUCCCCAAACUUGAAACUCGCGCUGCAUAUGUAUGCCAGUUAGGCUCUACACCGUUGUAAAGCAGAUUAAUGUGCUUAAUUUUAAGAAGUUAUUUGGCCACUUUAGUUGUGAUACAAACCUUAUCAAAACAUAUAGGCCUAUGGGCUAGGCUACAUGAGGUGUGCGACUAUGAUUUUGAAAAAGUUGCAAAAAAAAGGCAUGCGUUGUUUCUUGCCUUACUGCACACAAGCUAGGUAUCAUUCAUAAGUGAUAAUAUAUCAUUCACAAGUGAUAGGCUAAUAUUGUCACCCAUCAGACUGUUCUUGAUUUAAUCUUUACAUAUACUAAAUCAUAUAUAUGUGUGAAAUUUAUUUUAAUUUAGAAUGGACUAUUACUAUGCACCUGUCUUGAAACAGGGGCAGGGGCAAAAAAUACAUGUCAUCUCUGCACUUAAAUAGCGAAUGGAGGACGCUUUUCCUGUGGUUCAAUUUCAUGCCAGCCAGGUAGGCUAUACUCCUGUUGUAAAGAGAAGCAAUGUGCUUAAUAUUAGGAAAGUUGAGAAAUAAAUAUGGUAGGCCUAGCCUAUAGAAAGCUGAUGGGAUCCUCCUCUUUUUAAUAGAAGCCAUCACUCUGUUUUCUCACGCAAUUGCAUAGCCUAUAGAAAUGUUGCGCAACAUGAGCUCAUGGGCUCUCAUGAAGUAUUUGAUUAGAUUUUCGAUUACAUUUGCAUUGAUGUCAGAGUGAUUAGAGGGACAAUAGAGUCCAGUUAGCAAGUUUGGUAGCAGUUAGCAAGUUAGCAAGUUAGCAAGUUUGGUAGGCUACUAAUGUCCAUCAGCAGCAUCAGAGCUUGGAGAAGCCUAAUUACCGUGACUAAACGGUCACGUGGAAUUUGACUACCGACAUGAUUCGUGAACGCCGGUGUGGCGGUAAUAUAUCACUGUAACAGCCCUAGUUGGGACUCUUUGUAUGUAAGGAGUGAUGUAAGGAGUGUCACGCCCUGACCUGGAGAGACUGUUAUUCUCUAGGUAAUUUGGUCAGGGUGUGAAAAUCUAUGUAUUGUAAUUCUAUGUUUGGCCGGGUGUGGUUCCCAAUCAGAGGCAGCUGUCACUCGUUGUCUCUGAUUGGCGAUCAUACUUAGGCAGCCAUUUUUCCUGCCUGGGUUGUGGGAUUUUGUUUGUGGUCCUGUUUGGCGUAUAGCCCAUAGGACUUCACGGUUUCUUUGAUUUUGUUAUUUUGUCUAGCGUUUAUCCUGUUCAAUAAACAUGUACGCAUACCACGCUGCACCUUGGUCUGACCCGUCUCUCAACGAUCGUGACAGAAGAUCCCACCAAACACGGACCAAGCAGCGUGCCCAGGAGCAGCAGACACCCUGGACACAGGUAGUGGAGCAGAGAUCAUGGACUUGGGGGGAGAUAAGAGAGGAUCUGGCCAAGCAUAUGGAGGCCCUGAAAGGGAUGAGGGUGGAGAAGGAGAGAGUAGCCGAUAGAGGACCCUGGGCGAAGGAGGAAGCCCAGGCAGGAGAGGAGAAACGGCGACCCAAGAGGACGCGGUCACGAAGAAAGCCCGAGAAGCAGCCCCAAUACAUUUUUUUGGGGGGGGCACACGGGGUGGUUGGCGGAGCCAGGGUUCAGAGCAGAGCCAACUCCCCGUAUUCACGCUAAGAAGCGUGUGACCGUGCAGGCUCCGUGUUAUGCGGAGCUACGCACUGUGUCGCCAGUGCGCCGGCACAGUCCAGUGCGUCUUGUGCUAGUGCCACGCACGUGCCGUGCGAAAAUGGGCAUCCAACCAGGAUGGGUUGUGCCAGCUCUACGCUCCAGACCUCCAGUGGGCCUCCACAGUCCAGUACGCCCGUAACUGCUCCCCGCACCAAACCAGUGGUGCGCGUAUCCAGUCCGGUACGGCCCGUGCCAGCUCCUCGCACCAAACCAGUGGUGCCUGUCGCCAGCCCGGUACGCCCCGUACCUGCUCCCCGCACCAAACCAGUGGUGCGUGUCUCCAGUCCGGUACGGCCCGUGCCAGCUCCUCGCACCAACCCAGUGGUGCGUGUCUCCAGUCCGGCACGACCCAUGCCUGCUCCUCGCACCAGACCAGUGGUGCGUGUUCCCAGUCCAGCUCCGGUCAGCGGCGCCACUCCAGAGCCAGAGCAGUCCGCUCCACCGGGGUCCAGUUCAGCUCCGGUCAGCGGUUCCACUCCGGAGCCAGAGCAGUCCGCUCCACCGGGGUCCAGUUCAGCUCCGGUCAGCGGUUCCCUCUCCAGGGUCGGGGCCUCCCACAACAGGGUCCAGACAGGGCUUGUUGCAUCGCGGGAGGAUUGCUGAUCCAGGCCCAGACGUCAGCCCCUCUCCAGGUUCGGGGUCUCCCACACCAGGGUCCAGAGAGGGCUUGGUGCAGCAGGGGAGGAAGGAGGGGGGAAGCAUCGCGCCGAGGUCCAGACCAGACCAGGGGCGCAACGGGGAGGCAGAGAGGGAGAGGUCGUCACGGCCGGAGCCGGAUCCGCCUCCGAGGCUGAAUGCCCACCCGGACCCUCCCCUAAUGAGUCAGGUUGGUGCGGCCUGAGUACGCACCUUUGGGGGGGGGGGGGGGGGUACUGUCAGGCCUAGCCUAAUUGCAUAGCCUAUAGAAAUGUUGCGCAACAUGAGCUCAUGGGCUCUCAUGAAGUAUUUGAUUAGAUUUUCGAUUACAUUUGCAUUGAUGUCAGAGUGAUUAGAGAGACAAUAGAGUCCAGUUAGCAAGUUUGGUAGCAGUUAGCAAGUUUGGUAGGCUACUAAUGUCCAUCAGCAGCAUCAGAGCUUGGAGAAGCCUAAUUACCGUGACUAAACGGUCACGUGGAAUUUGACUACCGACAUGAUUCGUGAACGCCGGUGUGGCGGUAAUAUAUCACUGUAACAGCCCUAGUUGGGACUCUUUGUAUGUAAGGAGUGAUGUAAGGAGUGUCACGCCCUGACCUGGAGAGACUGUUAUUCUCUAGGUAGUUUGGUCAGGGUGUGAAAAUCAAUGUAUUGUAAUUCUAUGUUUGGCCGGGUGUGGUUCCCAAUCAGAGACAGCUGUCGCUCGUUGUCUCUGAUUGGCGAUCAUACUUAGGCAGCCAUUUUUCCUGCCUGUGUUGUGGGAUCUUGUUUGUGUUCCUGUUUGGCUUGUUUUGUGUAUAGCCCAUAGGACUUCACGGUUUCGUUGAUUUUGUUAUUUUGUCUAGCGUUUAUCCUGUUUAAUAAACAUGUACGCAUUCCACGCUGCACCUUGGUCUGACCCGUCUCUCAACGAUCGUGACAAGGAGAGAGCAACAUUUUCAUGUGUUUAGCUACAAAGCAGUUAUGCAGAAACUUCCUAUGUAUCUAUCAUCAUUAAUUCAAUUUAGACUUACAAAUGACCAAACCCGGUCUCAGGCUUGAAUAACCCUGGAGGCCCCUUUGGUCUCCACAGAGUUGGGUAAAGCUGCUUUUAGUUUUUUUGUGCCCUUUAUGUGGAACAACUUACAGAACUCUCUGAAAUUAUAUCUUCUGGUCUCAGUUGGUCAGUUCAGAGUAAUGAUCGGAGACCUCUAUGUUAAUAGAUGUGUGUUUUUCUUAAUAUGUUUUGUAAUUUUGUAUAUUGUAUGUGUUUGAUGUACACUGCUCAAAAAAUAAAGGGAACAACACAAUGUAUCUCCAAGUCAAUCACACUUCUGUGAAAUCAAACUGUCCACUUAGGAAGCAACACUGAUUGACAAUAAAUUUCACAUGCUGUUGUGCAAAUGGAAUAGACAACAGGUGGAAAUUAUAGGCAAUUAGCAAGACACCCCCAAUAAAGAAGUGGUUCUGCAGGUGGUGACCACAGACCACUUCUCAGUUCCUAUGCUUCCUGGCUGAUGUUUUGGUCACUUUUGAAUGCUGGCGGUGCUUUCACUCUAGUGGUAGCAUGAGACGGAGUCUACAACCCACACAAGUGGCUCAGGUAGUGCAGCUCAUCCAGGAUGGCACAUCAAUGCGAGCUGUGGCAAGAAGGUUUGCUGUGUCUGUCAGCGUAGUGUCCAGAGCAUGGCGGCGCUACCAGGAGACAGGCAAGUACAUCAGGAGACGUGGAGGAGGCCGUAGGAGGGCAACAACCCAGCAGCAGGACCGCUACCUCCGCCUUUGUGCAAGGAGGAGCAGGAGGAGCACUGCCAGAGCCCUGCAAAAUGACCUCCAGCAGGCCACACAUGUGCAUGUGACUCCAUGAGGGUGGUAUGAGGGCCCGACAUCCACAGGUGGGGGUUGUGCUUACAGCCCAACACCGUGCAGGACGUUUGGCAUUUGCCAGAGAACACCAAGAUUGGCAAAUUCGCCACUGGCGCCCUGUGCUCUUCACAGAUGAAAGCAGGUUCACACUGAGCACAUGUGACAGACGUGACAGAGUCUGGAGACGCCGUGGAGAACGUUCUGCUGCCUGCAACAUCCUCCAGCAUGACCGGUUUGGCGGUGGGUCAGUCAUGGUGUGGGGUGGCAUUUCUUUGGGGGGCCGCACAGCCCUCCAUGUGCUUGCCAAAGGUAGCCUGACUGCCAUUAGGUACCGAGAUGAGAUCCUCAGACCCCUUGUGAGACCAUAUGCUGGUGCGGUUGGCCCUGGGUUCCUCCUAAUGCAAGACAAUGCUAGACCUCAUGUGGCUGGAGUGUGUCAGCAGUUCCUGCAAGAGGAAGGCAUUGAUGCUAUGGACCGCCCGUUCCCCAGACCUGAAUCCAAUUGAGCACAUUUGGGACAUCAUGUCUCGCUCCAUCCACCAACGCCACGUUGCACCACAGACUGUUCAGGAGUUGGCGGAUGCUUUAGUCAAGGUCUGGGAGGAGAUCCCUCAGGAGAUGUCAUACUAGCUUAAUAAUAUAACUUUAUAAAGUAGUAUAAUGUUAUUCUUGGAAUGGCAUAUUAAAAGCAUAAAUAUAAUAAUAUUGUAAUGGGAUUUGUUGUUAGUGACGUUUUGUUGUCCUGUCUUGUAGUGGGGGCUACAUGAACAACUACUAUGAGUUUGUUGGUGUGCGGAGCUGUGGGGACGUGCUGUCCCUGUACGUGUUGAUCUGGGUGCUGACCAGCCUCAACCUGGUGGCCUUCUUCCUGGGUAUCCUGACCACCGCUGUGCUGGGAAGCAUCAAGGACCAGGUGAGAGAGACAGGCUGCGGCUAAAAUUAUACGCUAAUAUACUUGUGCAAUACUUAAAAGUUUGUGGUGUAUAAUCAGGAGUCUUGAGCAGUACUUGCAGUUAAAUCAUAUCCAGGUUUUAUUCCAUAUUGUAUUAAACUUGGGGAAAGGGGAUUUGGAAAAAUAAUCAAAAUCAAGGUGGAAUUAUCUUGCCCUGCAGGCCUGCUCUUGCCCAUGCCAAACAUUCUUCUCAGUAGCCCACAGGUGUGUGGCAACAGCUCAUUAUGAGCGAUGUUGGGUGCGGGGCACGGCUCGCCUGUAGUGGCGCUCUCCAUUGCUGUGGUGCUGAACCGUCAGCGUAUUUCUCCUGCGCUGGCUAGCGGUAGCUGUCCAUAGUUCUGAAAUACUUUGGUGCGUUAUUUACUGUAUAUAGGCACAUUCUCGGGGCUCACAGGUUAACAUUGGCUUCGAAUAAAUUCGUAGCGCUGAAGAUCUGAGCUGUAGCGCGAUUGAGAUUUAAAGGUAAUUUUCGAUUGAGCCGACAUACUGUAUUCAGCGUUUACCUUGAAUGCAGUCUCUACGAACACGGGAACAUUGGCGCUACAGAUUGAAUCGAGGCCAUACUGUUCUUCAUUAUAGGGACAUUUUAGGGAAAUUACACUCCAAAUUCAAAGUUUCUCAGAUGUUUUCAGUUUGUGUAGAUCCAGCUGUGUGCCUCGUCAACCUCAAAUGAAUGUAAAAGAUAAGCACAACAAAUCUGGAAGUUACACGGUGCUUAUCUUUUCCAUUUGAUAAAGCUGAAUAUACAAAACAGAUGACCUGGGACAUGGAUUUAUCCCAAUAGAAGAACUCAAAACAUAACUCACUUUAAGUGCACUAUACGUGUCUGAGGCCCUAUUCCCUAUAUAGUGCACAACUUUUGACCCGAGUAAUGAAGGAUCUAGAGUAUGGGUUCCUUUAAGUGAGUGGAGGCGAAUCGCAUAACUGUUGCUUGACUGCACCUAUAGUGCUAUUGAUGAGACUGGUGUUGAUACAGUAGAGUACAGUGAGUCCAUACACGGUGUACCGUAUCUAGCUGUGUUCCAGAGGAGUGGAGGAGCCUGUGUCAAGGACUAACACAGCAAGAGAUAGGAGUUGUGUAGAGUAGCAGAGGUAUCAAAUUACAGGCAAUCUCCCAGACGAUGUAUCAGGAUGACUCCAAAGGACAUAUGGUGUCAAGAUGGAACAGUGUGAGCCGGUAGGGGUGUGGGCUGGGGCGCUGUUAAACUUUACGAGACGUUCUUCUGCUAUCAUUGUUCUUCUGCUAUGAAAUCAUCCAAAAACUGUCAGUGUUUGUUUUAGCCUGCCUGGAGUGCCAGAUGUGCAGGGUUUAUAGUUGUGGAACUAUUUUAUCAGUCCAUUAAGCCAGGCAAGCUCAAUCAAGCACAGAUCAAGUAUUUACAAUUAUUUCAAAUAGUUUUUUAACCCAGAUCUGUCUGCUAUCAUAUCCGAGCAAAGCUUGAAGGAGUGGAUGGUGGUUGGGAAAGGCAUAUUCAUACCUUUUCCGAUGAUCAAAUCGAAUACAAAAGUGUGUAUUUUAGUGUCCCGGCAAUCCAGAUUCGAAAUGUCUCGACUCACUUAAGAGGAAAGAGAUAUCUCUCUGGCGAUCAUCCUAUGUUAAAUGUCCCCAGCAGAAACAGAACAGCUAACCGGCCCUGAUUGAAUUAGAAGAAGGGGCAUAUGUUCUGUGUUGUUGGGAGACACAGCAGGGCAUAGCCCAGGAAGACACACAUCAACGUCAGAGAUAAUUGUUUCUUAGAAAUCUGAGAUCCCCCCUCCACCUCCCUGAUAUCCAGCACAACCCUUAAUGUGUGUGUGUAUUUUGUGAUUUAAAAAAAAAUCUGAAUACACACAAGAGGAUCACAACACACCAAAUUGUGUUUGUGUGUGUCUCUCUUUGUGUGUGUGUGUUUGACAGAGGAGCAGCUCAAUGACCCUGUCGUCAUCUCAUCUCUCCGAGGGGGGAUGUCUCUCCUCCCCCACUGCCCCCCUGCUGAUGGACAACACCAACACAGGUCACCAACACCUCUACCCGGUCAGUCACACCCCUCCACUCCUGUUAGUAUUGGAACAGAUAAGAGCAAAACCCACUGGCUAAGUGUAUAAGCAAACACAUCUCUCACAGAUAUUGAAUACAUCAAAAAACUACAUCCACAUGAAAUGCAUGAUAAACACACCAUAAAACCUAUUUAUUGCAAAACACAAUGAUAAAAUUGCUGGUUCCACUGAAUCUUCAUUGUUGAAGUGACUGUUACUGUAAUAAGUGUGUCCCUAUCCCACAGGUCAGGCUCAUGACCCACAUUUGCUGUUUCCAUAUAAUGAAUCUGACCCAUUUCUCUGCUAUGGUUUUACUAGAUCAAUUAAGCCCUAGACCGAAACAGAGGUUGUAGAAAUUAAUCAUUGCCGUCCUGGAAAAACCUUGUAUCUUCUUGUAACCGUUUAGAUUGUAUUUUUUUUAUACACAAAGUGUAGUAGUCAUUCCCUUUCAUGUGCAGUGAAAGUUUAAUGACUUUAAGACCAAUCAAAGUCACUCAAAACACCUUGUGAAUAUCUGUGACUAUGGUAAUAGAUCUGAAAAUAUAUUUCAAAAAUCAAUUUAUGAAAAGUCAACUUUUUGGAGAUACAAGGCUCUAUUUGAAUAAACCUAAUGCAAUGGUAAAUCUGGCAAUAGCGUUAUAGGUUUGGGGGGUGUCAGAUUUAAAAAAACAUUUUCACAACCAGAAUUAUGGGCGCAGUAGAUGGCGGUGGCGUGAAAGGGCUGAGUUUUGAUGAAUAAACAAGUUGUGGGUGUGUCGAGGCUUGGCCACUCACUGGCCACUCAGGAAAAAAUUGUAAUGUCCAAUAAAAUAAAAACGGGAAUGUCUGUUGACUUAACCAAUUGCGUUACCGCUAAGACCAGCUUUUGGUGAGUCUUAAAUAUCACCAGUAGCGCUGCUUGAAUUUGGCACAUUGGUGCACGUUUUUAAGGACAAACCUCAAAUAUCUCCAUGCCUCCCACCUCAGCGCAAGCAGGCUAAUAUAUACGACAGGUAAAAUACCAAAACUGGUGCAAGGGUUGAAAAAUAGCAGCGCUGGCUUUUACAAGUCGAAAUUGCCAAAGAGCAUACAGUGCCUUGCAAAAGUAUUCAUCCCCCUUGGAGUUUUUCCUAUUUUGUUGCAUUACAACCUGUAAUUUAAAUUGAUUUUAUUUGGAUUUCAUGUAAUGGACGUACACAAAUUUGUCAAAAUUGUGAAAUGACAAAAAUUACUUGUUUCAAAAAAUUCAAAAAAAUAAAUAACGGAAAAGUGGUGCGUGCAUAUGUAUUCACCCCCUUUGCUAUGAAGCCCCUAAAUAAGAUCUGGUGCAACCAAUUAACUUCAGAAGUCACAAAAUUAGUUAAAUAAAGUUCACCUGUGUGCAAUCUAAGUGUCAUAUGAUCUGUCACAUGAUCUCAGUAUAUAUACACCUGUUCUGAAAGGCCCCAGAGUCUGCAACACCACUAAGCAAGGGGCACCACCAAGCAAGCGGCACCAUGAAGACCAAGGAGCUCUCCAAACAGGUCAGGGACAAAGUUGUGGAGAAGUACAGACCAGGGUUGGGAUAUAAAAAAAUAUCCGAAACUUUGAACAUCCCACGGAGCACCAUUAAAUCCAUUAUUAAAAAAUUGAAAGAAUAUGGCACCACAACAAACCUGCCAAGAGAGGGCCGCCCACCAAAACUCACAGACCAGGCAAGGAGGGCAUUAAUCAGAGAGGCAACAAAGAGACCAAAGAUAACCCUAAAGGAGCUGCAAAGCUCCACAGCGGAGAUUGGAGUAUCUGUCCAUAGGACCACUUUAAGCCGUACACUCCACAGAGUUGGGCUUUACGGAAGAGUGGCCAGAAAAAAGCCAUUGCUUAAAGAAAAAAAUAAGCAAACACGUUUGGCAUGUGGGAGACUCCCCAAACAUAUGGAAGAAGGUACUCUGGUCAGAUGAGACAAAAUUGAGCUUUUUGGCCAUCAAGGAAAACGCUAUGUCUGGCGCAAACCCAACACCUCUCAUCACCCCGAGAACACCAUCCCCACAGUGAAGCAUGAUGGUGGUAGCAUCAUGCUGUGGGGAUGUUUUUCAUCGGCAGGGACUGGGAAACUGGUCAGAAUUGAAGGAUUGAUGGAGGGCGCUAAAUACAGGGAAAUUCUUGAGAUUUGAGACUGGGACGGAGGUUCACCUUCCAGCAGGACAAUGACCCUAAGCAUACUGCUAAAGCAACACUCGAGUGGUUUAAGGGGAAACAUUUAAAUGUCUUGGAAUGGCCUAGUCAAAGCCCAGACCUCAACCCAAUUGAGAUUCUGUGUUAUGACUUAAAGAUUGCUGUACACCAGCGGAACCCAUCCAACUUGAAGGAGCUGGAGCAGUUUUGCCUUGAAGAAUGGGCAAAAAUCCCAGUGGCUAGAUGUGCCAAGCUAUAGAGACAUACUCCAAGAGACUUGCAGCUGUAAUUGCUGCAAAAGGUGGCUCUAAAGUAUUGACUUUGGGGGAGAAUAGUUAAGCAUGCUCUAGUUUUCUGUUUUUUUUUUGUCUUAUUUCUUGUUUGUUUCACCCCUCCCAAAAAAUUGAUCUUCAAAGUGGUAGGCAUGUUGUGUAAAUCAAAUGAUACAAACCCCCCAAAAAUCUAUUUUAAUUCCAGGUUGUAAGGCAACAAAAUAGGAAAAAUGCCAAGGGGGGUGAAUACUUUCGCAAGCCACUGUACGUUUGACACUAGCGCUGCCUUAACGCCAGACGAAAAUAGAGCCCAAAAGUUUUUUCCAGGUCACCAAAGAUGUAUUUCAACAACAACCUCUGUUUCGGUCUUGAGGUUAAGUAGUCCUGUUACUGGUAGUUGGUCUAUUAAAACCAUAGGAGAGAGAAAGGGGUGAGAUACUGUACAUUGGAUGGAAACUCACAGAUGUUCUUGGAGGACUCAGCUCCCUCUGCCAUCCCAUAUUGGGGCUCCCGAGUGGCGCAGUGGUCUAAGGCACUGCAUCUUAGUGCUUGAGGUGUCACUACAGACCCCCUGGUUUGAUUCCAGGCUGUAUCACAACCGGCCGUGAUUGGGAGUCCCAUAGGGCGGCGCACAAUUGGCCCAUCGUCGUCCAGGUUUGGCCGGUGUAGGCCGUCAUUGUAAAUAAGAAUUUGUUCUUAACUGACUUGCCUAGUUAAAUAAAGGUAAAAUAAAAUAAAAAUAAAAAUAUUGCCCUGCUGCCCUCCCCUUCCCCUGCCCACCGUUUACCUUACCCGCGUUAUUAAAACGGAGCUUUGCGACUACUGGCUGCUAGAAAUGAAAAUCUGUAGUGGACCGAGUGGCGCAGCGGUCUAAGGCACCGCAUCGCAGUGCUAGAGGCGUCACUACAGACCCGGGUUCUAUCCCGGGCUGUAUCACAACCGGCCGUGAUCGGGAGCCCCAUAGGGCGGCGAACAAUUGGCCCAGUGUCGUGAGGGUUUGGCCGGGUAGGCCGUCAUUGUAAAUAAGAAUUUGUUCUUAACUGACUUGCCUAGUUAAAUAAAGGUUAAAUAAAAAAUAGAAAGACAGAGAGCACCAAGUAGCCCUAGUAGAUCAUGCCAGGUGCAUGCCUCAGCAGAGCUAACAAGAACAGCCUCCAACCAAUAAACCCCCAGAAAACAAGAACUUGUCUUUGAAACAUUAGACCUACCUGGAAUCUAUUUUAUUUGAAAUCUUUUUUUUUGCUUAUCCACUCAAACAGGUGAUGAUCAAAGUCUGCUAUUUGUAAUUAUUCCCAAGUAGAGUGUAGUUACAAAUGGAACAAAAUACUUUUCCGCUCUUUGCCCAGCCGAAUCAAACUAAGCUUUGUUUGUAUUGUGUUUAUUUGGCAUCUAUUACGUUAAUUUGCUCAUUCACUCAAACUGGUGAUGGUUUUCAAUUAAAAGUCUGUUUGUAACUAUUCUUUACCUAGAAUUAGAGUGUAGUUAUAAAUGGAAGAAAUUAGCAAAUGGAACAAUACUGUUUAGCUGAAUCCAACUAAGCUUUGUGUUUUCUGUUCUGUCUUUCAGAGAGCCUCCCUAUACUUUGCCCCAGCGGCGGGGGCGGAGUUCCCUCAGAGUGAUCCGUCAGUACCCCCACGUCCGGACCCCAACCCCCCUCCCUUUGCCCCGCUCUAUAACCUGCUGCCCUACAAACCACAGAGCUUUUCAGUCUGA